AUGUCAAAGGACUCAUCGACACUCAUAGUUAAUUUUAGCAUAGUUAUUUCUGAUGUUAAUGUAAUAAUUUCAAGACUUUUCCCUUUGUCAAAGUUGUUGAAUGAAAUUUCCUUAGUAGGAUCAACUUCCAUCAUGCUUGUGUCUUUUGGAAGGAUAGGUGUAAUAGAAAUAUUUAGAUAUUCUACA